AUGCGUAUCACCAGCAUCCUCUCAGCGGCCCUCGUUGCCAGUCCAUUCGCAGUCUCUGCUGCCGGCACCCUUGGUUUCGCUGUGGGCAACACCAAUCCUGACAAUAGCUGCAAAUCCCAGCAAGACUACGAGAAAGAUCUUGACGCUCUCAGUGGUGCUACAAAGGUUGUUCGAACUUACACCUCCGAUGGAUGCGAUACAGCGAGGAACAUCGUCCCUGCUGCGAAAGCGAAGGGCUUCCAGGUUGUGCUUGGUGUCUGGCCCGAUACGGAAGAGUCCUUCGCUGCCGACAAGGAAGCCCUUCAAGCUGCCGUUCCAGGCAACGAGGACACUAUCUACGCCAUCACCGUUGGAUCUGAAUCACUCUAUCGUGGUAACUUCACCGGAGAGCAGCUCCUCGAGAAGAUCAACGAGGUCCAGGAAAUGUUCCCAGAAACCAUGAUUGGCACAGCCGACAGCUGGAACAAAUACGCUGACGGAACCGCCGACCCUGUCAUCAGAGGAGGCGUCAAGCUACUCCUCGUCAACGCCUUCGCCUACUGGCAAGCCCAAGAGAUCUCCAACGCAACCGCCACCUACUUCGACGACAUCAUGCAAGCCUUCAACCACAUCCAGACCAUCUCCGGCUCGACCGAGACCCCCGAACUCUGGAACGGCGAGACUGGCUGGCCCACCGAUGGCGGCUCCAGCUACGGUGCCGCUAUCGCGAGCACCGACAACGCCAUCACCUACUGGAAGAGCGGUGUUUGCGGUAUGCUUGACUGGGGCGUCAAUGUGUUCUACUUCGAGGCCUUCGAUGAGCCGAACAAGCCAGACAGCAUUGGACAGGAUGGCUCAGCUGCGAAUGAGAAGCACUGGGGUGCUUACACGGCGGACAUGAAGCCAAAGUGGGAGCUGUCUUGUUAG